AUGAAUCUGUGGGAUUUCUCAUCCAAGAACGGGUAUCCGACACCACCCAAGGUUUCUGGAUUUGGCGCCUUAAUCAGUUCGCUAACAGCUCUGCACAAGUUCGGACAGCACUUUUACAACAGCAAGACAGUGGACUUCAUUUCAACGGCGAAGGACUUCGUCAUUUGCUACGCCGACCACGCCCGACCAGACCUGACAAUGGCGCGCCUUCUGGCUUACUGGAUCAACGAAAAAUUCAGCUUAUUUCGCAACAAAGUUCUCUCGGACGGGCUGAGGGAGGCAACCAAGGUUUCAACUCAGUUCUGCCGAAGUGAUGAUAAGCUCGGUGCUCUCCGAGACUCAAGUCAGCCGUGGAAACCAUCUCGGAUUCCCUUCGAUGUGUACGCGCAGAUGCCACUUGGUGAGGACGUACGGAAACUAUGUCUGAAAUUCCUGUCAAAACCGGGAUGCCAGUUUACCAAAUGCUCAAAUGCUCACUUCCGACCGGAAUCACUUGCGGAAGGUGUAAAUAAUCUGAUUUCGGAGCGGUGGGGAGGGCUCAGCGCUCAGUUCAGCGAUUUAUGA